GUCGGAAGAAGAUCAUUACGCGUUCAUCAAAAUUGAUAAUAAUUAGUAGCAAAUAUUUUCACUCUUCAUAAUACAACGGAUAUCAUAUUUGGACGAGAAAACCCCGCUGUUUACAGUAGGAAAGUAAACACGCAUAAUGGCUUACAGCAAGGUCAGCAUCAGAGAACUCUAUGAGAGACACUUCAAAAAAACAUUUGGGCCACAUGAUAAAGUUCAAGUGAUGUCAAGACGUCCGGCUGCCUGCUUCUCAGAAGAGGAAGAUGUCCACGUUCAGUGUGGCCGGAGAAGCCUCUGUGAUGGUCAGGCUUGUGAAGGAGCUGAGAAGCAGAGAGUCUGUCCCCCAGAGAGACCCCAGAGGGAUGCACCGCUGUACCACCCGCAGAAGGCGCUGUACCUGUAUAACAGACACUAUGUUUCUCCAGCUAGACAACGGGUUGAUUUGAGGAGCUGUGGUAAAACAUCCUCGCUGCCUAGCGGACACUGCAGUCACUGUAGAUCUCCCAGCACCAGCUGCUACAUCCCAGUUCAGCCAAACACCAGCACUAAGCAACCAGAGAAACGCAGGCCACCCAAAGAUCUCGCUGGAGGGGUGAAAGACGCUUCUCCUCACGCUUCUGCACCGGCCAACAAGACGUUUUCAGGUCUGGGUAAGAAUCCAGAUUUGGUUGGAGAACCAAAACACGUUCAGACACCCGAAGAACGUUGCGUUCGAGCCAUCACAUCCAAAGCAAAGGAGAUCGAGCAGUUGUACACAGAAGACUGUAAGACAUUCGGACUCGUGGUGAAGAUGCUCAUUUCCAAAGAUCAGACCCUUGAACGGCGGCUUCUAUCUGCGCUGAAGAAGAACCUGGUUGAUAUCAGAAAACAAAGUCUGAAGGACCUCCGGCAGUUCAUCUCUAAUGUGACUUCACGGCUGAAACCUGAACAAUCGGCUAAACUUUACCGUAAUAUUAACAAGAGACGCUUCAGACGCACACAACACAUUUAAACACUCAGUGUUAGUGUCUAUUACUUGAUUGUUUUGUUAUUUAAUACAAGUAAAUGCCAUAUGUAAAUUUCAGACAGUUGUACAUAUAGCUACUUUUUAUUUUUCUGACAUGUUCAUAUUUAAAUUGUUCAAUUUUUGCUAAG